AUGGAAUCAAGUGCUGAUGGCUUUGAUGAAGUGUUUUAUGCAGUUUCUGUUGGACUGCUAAAGUGCACGCUGGGCCGUAAAUUGGACACACACAGCAGUGACACGGUAUCGCUCCCUGGAUUUGAGAACCUCACAGAGGGCUACAACAAAUAUCUGAGACCAUACUUCGGUGGGAAACCUGUUCAAAUAGCAUUGAGCCUGGAUGUUGCAAGUAUUUCAAGUAUAUCUGAGAGUGACAUGGACUACACUGCUACAAUAUACCUGAGGCAGCGCUGGACGGACCCCCGCCUGGUUUUUCAUGGGAACAAGAGCUUCACUCUGGAUGCUCGUUUAGUGGAAUUGCUAUGGGUGCCAGACACAUAUAUCGUGGAGUCUAAACGGUCUUUCCUGCAUGACGUUACUGUGAGAAAUCGUCUUAUAAGAUUAUUCUCCAAUGGCACUGUCUUGUAUGCAUUAAGAAUCACUACUACUGUUGCAUGUAACAUGGACCUGUCAAAAUAUCCCAUGGACACACAGAUGUGUAAACUGCAGCUGGAAAGCUGGGGAUAUGAUGGAAACGACAUAGUGUUCACUUGGUUUAGGGGAAACGAUUCAGUUCGUGGCCUGGAAAAACUGCGUCUCUCUCAGUACACUGUGGAACGUUAUUACACUCUGGUCACGAGAUCCCAGCAGGAAACAGGCAACUACCCGAGACUGAUACUGCACUUUGAGCUGCGAAGAAAUAUCCUGUACUUCAUUUUGGAGACCUAUGUUCCUUCCACGCUGCUCGUUGUCUUGUCCUGGGUUUCUUUUUGGAUCACCCUGGAUUCGGUUCCGGCAAGAACCUGCAUUGGAGUAACAACUGUGCUGUCGAUGACAACUCUGAUGAUUGGCUCCCGGACCUCGCUAUCUAAAACCAACUGCUUCAUAAAGGCCAUUGACGUUUAUCUUGGCAUCUGCUUCAGUUUCAUUUUUGGUGCCCUUGUGGAAUAUGCAAUUGCUCACUACAGCUCAUCACAAAAACGUGCAGCUAAAGAGCCUCAAAAGGGGCCUACCAAAGAAACUGAAGAAGUCAACAUCACAAACAUCCUCAAUAGCUCCAUCACCAGUUAUAAGCAGAAAAUAAACUUAGCCAGCAAUGAGAUUUCCAGCGAUAACGUCGACUAUUGUAACCUGACCAUGAAAACCCAUGACAAAAUUAGGUUUGUGUUGAGAAACAAAAUGCACAGGAUCAUCAGCUAUUUCACAAUUCAGAAUCCCAGCAAUGUUGACCAUUACUCGAAGUUACUUUUUCCUUUGUUUUUCAUGCUGGUCAAUGUAUUUUACUGGGCUUACUAUCUGUAUUUUUAGAAAAUGACACCUUCAUUCUCACAUUUCAGAGGAGCUUGAAACCAGGUGGGACCAACCCACCUUUAUUCCUUGAUACCCCUUACUGGACAGAAAACUCACUGAGCUAAUCCUACCACAUUACACUUGUCCUGGAAAGAAAGGUACAUCUUCCACAGCUCAUAGAAGGAGCUGCAAUUCUCAGAACAUUGGGGACCAGAAAUACAGGCAGUAAACCCUUAUUAUUGCUCUAUAACCAACAUUUUUAUCCUGCUCCUUGUCUUGAGUUUCUUUUAAUACAUGUGGGCCAAAGUGUACUUGUGAUUCAGCCACUUUUCUCUCCAUAGAAUGCUAUUAAUCUACGAUGGCAACUGUGAUGCUCUGAAUCUCGGGGGAACACCCUUCACCCCCAUGUUCAUCCUUAUAAUAUGAUUGUGUGGUAUCCAAUGCAAAGUUUGUCACAUCAGCUGUCUUCGGAAGGCUCGUGAUGCGCUGAGCAUUGUUGUUAUAGUAAUGUUAUAGGUUGUAAUUCCAUGUAUAUAGUUAUGAGGCUGAAAAUGUGUCCUUAUGGCUUAAAACAAACCCAGGCAAAAACUCUCCAGGAGAAGAGG